UGGGCAAACGAGGAAGUAAACAAUCAUGGCGACAACUUCAUACCAAGAGAGGUCGACAGUGAAACUCAUAACAUCAGUUUUGUUUUCUAGUGUGUAUGUGUUAGCUAUUUUCUUGAACGCCGUCGAUGCCAUACCGUCGUAUUACCACAGUCGUCAAGAAACUUUAAAUAGUCGACACCAAAGAGACAUUAGCCCUACCGAGGCAACUCAACAGGUCAGGCUUCAUCCCGGGGUGGUUGCAUCAGUGGUUAUCGUUACAUUAGCUGCGUUGGUGGCUGCAAUAUAUAUCAUUCGGAAGUACUGCUUCCCUCAAAAUGAUGCCAUAUACAGGUAUUCGACCCUGAGACAACUGGAGGAACAAAACACAGGUGUAUCUGAGGAAAACCGACUGUCUGAAGAAUCUGAUGAGGAUCUCUUGGAGUAGUUUAGUGAUCUCCACUACUGAUGCCUGCACUCCAUGUGAACUUCACUCCACCAAUGUAUUGGAUGUGUCCCAUUUGAACUGUUUGAUGAUUCAUAUAUAGGCCAGAUCUGUGUAUAUUUAUCAGCUGUCAUUUUGAAAGAUGCACACUGGUGCUAGUUUAGUGGCAAAAAAUGGUUUUCAUAGCACAAAUAAUGAUUAAGAACAAAUUGAGCAGCACCUGACUAUACAAAUAGAUCAUUCUUAAGUGGGAUGGUGUGAGGAUUUGUUGACCCUUAUAUGAUGAGCACAGGUGACUUUUCCAGUGUCCACCAGUAUUAACCUCUGUAGCUGCUGUGUCAGUGCAGACUGUAUUGAUUUAAAGAAAAAAUGUGAGGUGUGUGUUAGCGAACAUGACUCCAACUCAGAAUUUAGCAUAUGUCAUCUUGUGAGAUAUCUCAGGUCUGGUUUAUUUCUGAUAUAUGGUACCCUGUUUGCACUUAAAAGCGUGUGACAACCAUUUUCAUUUUAGGGCUUAUUGUUUUUGCUGGAUGUAAUUACUUUGGUUUUGCUCCCCACAUCCCUGUUUUGCAUGAAAUGUCCAUUUAUGUGUGGCAGAAUGGGAUGGGGAUUGGUUCUUGUUUGGGUUUCGUUGCUUUGGGUUUCAUCUGAAAGGGUUAGAUUAGACUUUUGUUCGAUCUUGUGUAUAACUGUUACUCCUGAGAAAAAUAGAUCAGUUUAUUUUUGUCCUGCUGAUGAAAAACAGUAAUCAUUGUUAUUCUUUCAGACACAACCUGUUUGAGUUGAGUUGAGAUUAUUUAUGAAGAGAUUACUUUUCAAACCAAAGAUAGUCUUGAAAUCAGGCAAAACUAUAUUUUUCAUUGUAUACCUCAAUCUGUGUAGACCAGACACAUCAUUUAAAAUUGCUCAGGGUAACUGUUAGGCUGUAGUAAACCAAACUAAAAAUGUAACGUUGUUGUAAUUAACUCAAAUUGAAUAUGGAUUGACUACCAUCAAUUGUUAAAAAAUAAAAAAUAAAUAAAUAACCUUUUUAAAGAACAGGAAGCAUUAGACAGAACUGGUACAUUAGUAUGUGAAUGUACUGAGUUGGUCUCAACACUUUAUAAUGAAAGAAUGUGAAAUUUUACAUUUUGUGCAAUACUGUGCAUCUCUCAUUAUCACAAUUCAUUGUAGUGACAUACAAAUAUUUGAACAGUAAUAACUGUUCAUAACUACUCACUAUGCAUUUUCUGUUUGUAUAUUUUUUUUGUGUGUGUAUGUAAAACGUGCCUUUGUUAAUCUUGGCUGAUAUCUGUUAGCCUAAUUGUUACCUUAUUUCCUCAUUUUAACUUUUUUUUAUAACUCCAAUAAGCUACACAGACAUGAAUAAAACAAAUCUCUUUUAAUGGAUGUUUUAUUUAAUUUUUUUAAAUGAGAACCUGGUUGUGGGAUUAUUUCAUCUGAGAACACCUGGCACAAGGUGUUUCAGCUGGUGGACAUUUAUUAUUUUUAAUUAUAUUUGUUGCCAAAUAUCUGAAACAACUUAUUAGUCCUCCAAAACUAUCGUUUUACAUGUCAGCCACCAGGGGGCAUUGCAACACUUCGGAACUAUACCUAACAGUGGUAUACAAGAUGUGUAGAGGAAGGGCUUAAUACAGAAAGGACUGGUUUGUUUUAGGGGAGGUUACUUUUGUGUAUAUCAUUGUUUGAGCACUCCUCAAUCAGCACAAUAAACUUCAGAACACCUGACCAACGCAACUAGGAAUGUCUUUCUUGAACUUAUGUUUCUGCAUAUUGUCUAGUGUGUAGUGGAUUCCCUCUGAUGACAUGAAGCUGCAAGAGUUGUUCUUUGUCACCGGGAUAUGUUUCAUCUUUAUCCUUACCUGGGGCCUGACCUCCGUGCAGAGACUAGGCGUACAGCUCACAGACCAGCAAGUAUUUUGGCAUACUCCUGCAGACAGCGUAAACCUAACCAGUAAGUGCACCGCAUUCAAAGACUGCCCCUCAAACCACUUCGCUUUCUACAUCAGCAGUGGAGCGGCUGAUGUGGUGGGGCCAAAGAUCUGCUUUGAAGGCAAAGUCAUCAUGAGUGGAGUAAAGAACAAUGUGGGCCGAGGUUUAAACAUUGUGUUGUUGGAUGGUGAAACCGGGAACAUUGUGAGAAGUAGCUACUUCAAAGGAUCAGAUGAUUGGCUGGACUUUCUGAGAAGCAUUCAGCCCGGACACAUCACACUUGUUGCUUCAUUUGAUGAUCCAGCAUCCAUACUGACAGAUGAAGCUCGUGAGAUCUUUAGGGGACUGGGAAGCUCCGUUAUUCAAACACUAGGAACUCGUGACGGCUGGGUCUUUGCAAGUCAGAAGGGUUCGAAAGAAAGCCCAUUUGAAAAGCACAUUUCAAAUGAUGAGAAGACCAACAGAUAUGAGAGAUGGCCGGAGAUUAUAGAUGUGUCAGGGUGCUUUCACAAGAGGAUCUAAUGGAACAUCCCUUUAGUGACAUCAUCAUCUAUUUUACCCUCCAGCCUUCAAACAGAAUUACUCUGGAAUGGAUUUUUUUUUUUAUAAAGAUUGUAAAAUGACAAGCCAAAAUAAAUGUUUUUCACAAUGUGCUCCUGAAUGUGAAUAUGAGCAGCAUGAUAUUUGUCAGCAGUCUUAUUAUGUAAUAUAAUAAUUUUAGUAAUAAUUCUAAAUGCUUAUAGCUAAUAACUCAAUAGAAUCAUUACUCUGGUUAUUAGGCACAUGAGACAAUGUCAAACCGUUUUAGACACUAACAAACAAUUCUAAACGAUUUCUAAACGAGCUGUGGCUAAUAGUUUCCAUGUUAUGUGAUAAUUUGGCAUUAUCCACUAGGUUAAGAGAACUACUUCUAUGCCACUUGCCUCUUGUUGACUAGCUUGUGCUAUAUUGCUCUUUCCUCUUCUUUAACUUCACUAUCCUGAUCAUUGCUGUUAAUCAUCAGGUUGCAUGCAUGCCCCAUGUGUUGUGUAAUAUCCUCAUUCUGGUCCUGAAAGAAGCACGCAGAGACACUUUGGGGUGUUUCACUGUCAUGGUCUGGGGUCUGCCUACCUCCUGCCUCCUCCCUCUGUCUCUCUCUCUCUUCUUCUCUCUCUCUCUCUCUUCUUCUCUCCCUCUCUACUGUGAUUCGGAGGGGCAGAGGGGUUGCCUUUAAUCUCAGGGCUGCAACUCUGAGACUCUAAUCCCACCCUGGCAGCAGCCAAGCUAGAGUGGCCUGGGGAGAUAUGGGAGUCACCCAUGGGAAAAAAGUAAGAGCCUUUCCUUACUUGUGUGGCAGUUGUGUGUGUGGUAAUGGCAAGCCGUGGCUGAGCUUCUGGGGAUCGUACCAGGGAGAAGUUUGCCGGGCAGAGAGGGGGUCAAACGGGUGUCUUGUGAGGUAUGCGGCUGUAGCUGUUUGUCAGGUGUAUGUAGUCUGGUUGGCCAACUGGUCAACCCAAAAUGUGGAAUGUACAUUUUUAAUGUAGUGUAAGAUUUGUCAUUGUGGUGUGUCCAGAGAGAAGUGUAUAUGAAGAUAAAUAGACAAUAUAUACUUACCACAGAUAUCAUAAAAAAAUGACAGGAAAUAUGAAAGGCCAUACAUAAUUAAUUUUAAGUUAGUUCCUGGCUCUGUAUUCUUGUGUUGACGUGGGCUACACACAAACUGCAUGAAACAGAACAAAAAGAUCUGUACAACACAAUCAAGUUCUCCCAUUACUGUGAUAUGAGAGAUUGAAUUACCCUUACGGAUCUUUUCAAAGUUCAGUAAGAUCCAGUUUGUUUGAAAACCAUGUACUGUACUUUCAUUGCACAAUGAAAUGUAUGAAAUAUGUAUAUUAUGUUAUACCUGUGCAAGUUUUUGCAAUGUUUUGUAGUUGUUUAGAUUGUAUUAAAUUGUUUUAUUAAAACUGGA